AUGAUGAAUCUUAGGCUGUCCGUGUGGCCACUCAAUCCGGCGCUUCCGUGGGCCGAGCAUUGGGCCGGAAUCUUCGAUGGGAAGCACACCAAGCUCCCGCUCACCGUGUAUUACGAUUACGUCAAAGUGUAUGACUAUGAUCCACUUUCCAAAGGUAUGAAUAGGAAAAACAAAGAACAGGAAAUGCGGUUUGUGUUGGUUGCCUCCCUCAGGUUUCACUCUCAGAUGGACUGACGACUUCAGGAGCUUCAAGACGUCGCGAUGGGAGAGGAGCCAACAUACAUUUCUUGCCAAUGAGCCUCAUUUCCGGGAUAAUGCCGUCAUCGCUGCAACAAAUGCCACGGAUGCGCGUGCUUAUCUUGCUCUUUCUAUCGCCCGCGGUCCGGGGGUGUUGUAAUAGGGCCCUGGGGCCCCGGACCAAAUGUGAUGUUAUUAAAUGACAAUGGCGCACCUGAUUCAAGGCCCGUUCGCAUGACUGGUGGAGCGGAAAGGUGAAUAGAUGAAGGAUGGUUGUCGCGUUUUGCUCUUCCCUUCGGAAUCGCACUCAAAUAGGUUAAAGCGACUGUCGCGACUCUCUCAAUGCGUCGAGUCCAUAUGUACUUAUAUAUGCGACAGGUGAAUGCAUUUUCAUGCAAACGACAGCCCUAAGUCGGGCAAGACAUUUUUCCGUGGAUCUGAUUGAUUAUGUGAGCGUUAGGGGACCUGGUGAGAAAUCUAUCAGGGCUGUUCUGG